ACAUAUCCGAAAAUGUCCGAAAAUUUCACCUUAUUUCGCUAAAUCCACGUUCAUGUUGACAACAAACUAUCUAGCGUGAUAAAAUGUCACUUAUUACACAAUUUCGGCUUCUCACAAUAAACGCAAGAUUGUGUUCUUUUAAUAAUUUAACCACACUUAUCAAUGUGCAUUUAUUAAGACAAUAUGCCACACCGACGGCUACUAAGAAAGAGUAAGUUUUUUACGAUAAAAAAAUACUUUAAAAUUUACCAAAGCCAAAGCCAAAGCCAAAAGCUAGUCUGGACAACUAGACUAUCUACUUUACUUUUACACCACACUCUCUCUACUCUCCACUCUCUACUCAACUCACCUCUACUAAGACUAAGACUCAAUCCAGUCCAGACUUUCUAUAUUUCAUAGGUCUAUUCAAAUUCUAAUAAUGUCCUAUUAGGCAGGGCCUUUUUUAUAUAAUAUCUAGUUCCACAGUCCACAAGACUAACCUAAAUACUAAAUAAUGGUAAUGUAUGGGAAAAAAUUUUUUUUUAUCAUGUUCAUAUGAUUAUUAUGAUUAUGAAAUUUAAAAUACAUUAAAAAAGACAUAUAUUUUAUAUUGGGAUUUAAUCAAGUAAAAAGUUACCAUCUCUUCUUAGUCGAAGGAGGCCCCAUAAGGCCAUGGCCAUAGAGUAUAGAGUGAGGCUAAGCUAGUAAGUUAAGGCUUAGGCUUAAGGUCUACUAAUCCAUCAAUAUAGGUCUAUUAUAAUAUUAUUAUGCACUAGUCCUAUUAGUAUUAGAAUUACAUUAUUUACAUCAGCCGGGGUCCACACAUGGAGGCAUAAAGCCAUGGGCCAUGGGGGCCGAUUUGAAUGAAAGGAUGCAAUGGAGCCGGAGCAGUCCAGAGCCCUACAUAGCUGAUGAUAAUUGAAUUGGGAGUUUCAGGUUAAAAAAGUUCUGCAUAACCAAAUGCUGCCACAGAAAGGUUGCAUUAAAGACCUUACUUAGUGCAUAGAAAACAAUAUUAUCUUACCUUGUCGCAUUACUAGGAUAAAGGCCACAUGGUCGUCAUGGGUGGGCCAAGGUGUUUGCCGCCACCCUUUCAAGAAAAAAAACUCUGCAGUUGGCUGAAAAUAUAAAGUAAACACCCAGGACUGGCCACUUCCUCCUCUCUUUCCUAUGCCACUGAACUUACCUGCCUUAUAGUUAUAGUUAUAGCAAUAUAUGUUCGGUGCUGUAUUUUACAGUGUAUUAACCAUAAUGCACAAAUAAUAACAGUUAGCUGCUUUGUUCCAUAAAAAAGGUUGCCUUCAAAAAUAUAUGAAUGGUGCUUAGAAUAAAAUCCAAGGUCACUUUGUCGUUGCAGGCCUGUAUUAUUUAAUCUGUAAUCCAUAAUAAUAUUAACAGUUUGCUGAUCACAUUAUCCCAGUCUGGUCACUGCAUGAACAGUUCAUAUUUAAAUUUUACCUUUGACUUGUGAGACAAGGGAAAGCAUUGUUUGUACACAAUUAUUCCCUGCCAUAAUAAUAGUAAUUUUAAAGGACAGGAGCUGUUGGGAGAACCAAUGUUUUGGCAAAUCAGCAUUUAGAAAACAUACAAAAAACUGUAUAAGUAACAAGUGUAAUAUGUAUGUUACGAUGUAUAUUUUAUUCUAAAUAUUAAUAAAAAUGUUGUUAAACAUUUUCAGUGUUGAGUUGUCCUAUACAACUUAUCCUGAUCACGAACACAACAUAGAUCCUAAGAAAAGGUCACUUAUUUUUCUACAUGGUUUGUUUGGAGCAAAGGGAAAUUUACACAGCGUUUCAAAGCACAUAUCAGGAGAAGGUAGAAAGGUAGGCUUUGUCAUUAGUAGGGCAUUUUAAGAAAUUAAGUAUGGAGUGCUAAUGCUUCAACUUCAAGAAACAUCUAAUAUUUGUGUGCCUUUUUCCCAUUUUUUAAUUACAAAACGAACAGUCUAAUUACUUUAAUUCAUGGUAAUAUACACGCAUACACAUACAAAUGAAAGUGAAGAAGAGAGAAAAUUAGCAAAUAAAUAAGUAGUUUUCUAUUUUAAGAGAAAUGUGCUAUUGAAAAUAAUGGUUUUUUUCCAGAAAUUGAGACUAAAAUUUACAAUAUAAUAAUAUAUUCUCUUUUUACCACAACAGGUUGUCACUUAUGAUGCUCGUAAUCAUGGUGAGAGUCAACAUGAUCCAGAAAUGAAUUAUAAUUGUAUGGCUGAUGAUUUGGAUGGCUUAAUACAGGACCUAAAUUUGAAUAAACCUGUUGUUAUGGGGCACAGUAUGGGUGGGAAAACUGCUAUGACAUUUGCAUUAUCAAAGGUUUGUUUUAUUUGUUAUUUAUCUUGCAUAAGAAGAGUGACUGAGUGAUCAACAUGUUAAUUAAGUAGUAGAAAGGCAGGACUCAUUCACUCAGCAUUUAUGUUUUUAGCAAGUAGAAAUUCCCAAAUGCAUUCAAGCUGCAGUAUAAAUAAAAACUAUACCAGACCCGAACAAUUCAAGAAUGUAAUAAAUAGAUUUAACAAAACUCUUAAACACUGAAAUUUAUAAACAUAGAAAAAAUAGUUUGAAGUUUGUUUAAUCAUUGUGGAAGUAAUGAUAUACUUAAAUGCCUAACUAUGUACUUGUAACAGUAUCUAAUCUGUUCUUGCAAAUAUUGAACUCCUAAUAGUUAAUUACUUAUAUUUGAGGAUAAAGGUAUGAUUUAUUUGAAUUUUGACUUUGAUGAAAAUGUUGUCCAUUCCUCUUGGGUAAAAUAAAGUCCCCUUAACCAUUUAACCUCAGUUAUUAACUUAUUAUUAUUGCAUAAACUCAGUCAAGGAUUAUUCCUCAUGCAAAAUAUAUCCACUAUAUUCCAUGACCUGAACUUUUACCCUUGACAUGGCUGAUACACCACAUGGAUUUUUAUCUAGUGGUGUAUUGACGGUUCUGAAAUUUACAAAGCCAUACAUUUUAUGAAAUCACAAAAUUGCUGAAUGCAAAUCUUAUGCCCCUUUACAGCCAGAUAGGCUGACAGCACUAAUUGUGGUUGAUGUCACGCCUGCAAAAAGUGAUGUCAGUGAACUACUGAAAUAUGCUGAGGCCAUGAAAAAAGUUGAAAUUCCUUCUGGUAUUUCCAUUGCACAAGUGAGGAAAGAGAUUCAAGUUCAGCUCAGUUCAGUAGUACAGGUAAAUGAAGUCUGAACAACAAUUUUGCAUUUUUUAAAAAAAAAACAUUAGCCUUGCAUACUUUCAUACAUUUCCAAUGGAAUUCCCUGCUGAGCAUCAUGUUUCUGGGGUACUAAAAAAGAAAAGCCCUUUUUCCAGCUGCUUUCUUGAUGAUUUUGAGUAUUGACUGAAUUAUCCUAAAAACUUCAGGCUUGAAAUAUACAGUGUACUUAAGUGGACAACAAGGAAAAUUAAGGUAUAUUACUUUAAAUUUAAUAUAUUCUAUAUUUCCCAGAAUCGAGCUGUGCUACAAUUUCUGUUGACCAACCUCAGGGAGUUUGAUGGUGUUGUCAUCAAGUGGAGAAUGAACAUUGAUGGAAUCCUGAACAAUUUUUCUCACAUCGAAGAAUUCCCACGAAUGAAUUCUGAUCCAUUUAUGAAACCAACACUUUUUGUGUUUGGAGCCAACUCACUCCACUAUAGGUAUAGUAGUCAUAAAAAUAAUUUUAGGUACUACUUCAAGUUGGAAUAACCUGUAGUAGUAUUACUCUAAUGCGAUAAAUUCUGUAAAUGGAAACUGUCUUAGUUCUUUUACUAUUAUUAAUCUUUAUUGUUCAGUUAUGCCACUAAAUUAAUCUUACUAAUAGGAAUAUGAAAUGUUUCUAUUAUAAAAUUUAAUGCCGGGUACCUAAUAAACUUAAUAAUUGAAGUUAUGCAGAGAAAGGUUUAAUGUCGUUAAAAGCUCAAUCGUUAAAUUAUAUUUUAUUCUUAUAUCUGACAUUAUUGAUUGAAUACUUAUAUAGCACUUGUAUCCAUGCUAUUCUAUGAUUUGCACACCAAUAAAAUUCUAAAAUAAUUAGUAAUUAAAUGAUUGUAUCCCCCCUCACAGGAAUGCGUCAAUUGAAAGCAUCAAAAAGCUAUUUCCUAAUGUUGAAAUCACUGCCAUAAAAGAAGCUGGCCAUUUUGUUCAUGCAGAGAAGCCUCUUGAAUUUGUGAAUAUAGUCAAAAAAUUUCUAGAUUCAGUAGACAAAAGCUCAAGCUGA